UGCUCCAUAGACCAUGAAUUUCUAGAAUUAAUGCAACGGUUUUGGAGACAAGAAACUGACAUUACCGAUGCACCGCGUCUCUCAACCGAAGAACAAGACUGUGAGAAUCAUUUUAAAGAAACUUAUUCUCGUCUUCAAAAUGGACAAUUUAUGGUACGUCUCCCAUUCAGCCGAUCUCCUAGAGAAUUAGGAGAAUCUUAUAUACCUGCUCUUCGAAUGUAUAACCGAUUAGAACAACGUUUCGCAAAAAACCUAACAUUUAAAUUAGACUAUUCGAAUUUUAUGUCAGAGUACUUGCAACGUGAUCACAUGAGAUUAGCUUCACCAAUGUUAAUAGAUUCGUCUUAUUAUCUCCCUCAUCAUGGUGUUGCUCGCGAAAGCAGCUCAACAACUAAAUUACGAGUCGUCUUCAAUGGGUCUCAAAAAACAUCAACAGGGAUUUUGUUAAAUGACUGCUUACACACGGGUCCGAAAUUGCAAAUUGAGCUUAUUGAUGUUCUUGUUCGUUGGCGGCGUCAUUCAGUAGUCUUCGCUUGCGAUCUUGAAAAAAUGUACCGACAAAUUAGAUUGCAUCUCGACGAUUCUUAUCAAUUAUCAACCGUCACUUACGGUUUAGCGUGCGCUCCGUAUUUGGCGAUUCGUUGUUUGCAUCAGCUGGCUGACGAGCAUGAUCAAAGUCAAUCGUUAGGUUCAGCAGUUAUAAAAAAAGAUACUUACGUUGAUGAUAUUUUUUCGGGAGGUGACGAUGUCGAAGAAGCUCAAGAGAUUAUUUUUCAACUAAAUCGAUUAUUAACGGCGGGCGGCUUUAUAGCUAGAAAAUGGAUGUCGAAUGAUUCGGAGACCCUUGCACACAUACCAUUGAAGUUAAUUUCACCAUCAUUAACUUGUAAUGUAGAAGAAGGCACAUCAAGUCGUGCUCUUGGAUUAUUGUGGAAUAAUCGCGAAGACGUUUUCAUUUUCGAAUGUCACUCGAAUUGCGAAUCUGCGGAGCGAAUAACAAAACACUCUUAA